GUGGAGCGGCCUGUGGAACAACCGGUGAACGCAUCAGCCAUUUUGACGCAAAGUCAACUUUAUCGACACCUUGUAUUUAGUAAUACUACGCGCCGUAAGAUGGCAACACUUAAGCGACGUCAUGAGCAUACGCGUCUGGAAAAUGGCGAUAUCUGUUGCGACUGUUCUAAAGCACUUUUUCGCUCGUGAUAGUUGACCGGUAGCAGUGUAUUUCGGGGACGAUACGAACGAGUGAGCUAGUGUGAUUCGAAUGUACGAACGGAGAGCUUCGCAGUCGGGUGAAGAGAACAACAGUUGGAUAACGACCGGUCGUCGAUUUUCGUCGCAGAAAGCACCUUUGAAAUCAGACGUAACAGCAUGGUAUGAUACCAGCGACUGACAAUUUCCCGGAAACAUGAAGAAACAUCCUCACAUCCUUGCGUGUAUCUUGCUCCUGCUGCCUCUGGCGUUGGGUCUCAGUCUGCAGGAGGACGACCUGGUCUUCGACGAUGUCGGCGAGGACAAUGACAAUGACAAUGACAAUAUGUCUGCCAGGCUUUGGGAUUUUGGGUCCGCUCUGAUAAAUAAUCAUCAUGCGACUCACGAUCGAUCCGAUCAUAACGAGCAGGAGUCGUCGUCCAGGGAUGGCAGGAGGCAUGCCUCUCGGAUCGAAAGAGCAUGGGGCGUGUCGGAUUCCGUCGUCCCAGUUGGCCAUGUUUUCAAGAUGAAAAUACCGCGGCAAGCUUUUUCGGGAAAUGUGGAUUUUUAUGAGGUUCACGGGACCAGUAAUCGCGAUCGUUUUCCGGAAUGGAUGUACUGGGACGACGCGGCGGCCACUCUCCUGGGUGUGCCGUUGAAAGAGGACACGGGCAAUUAUCACCUGACCGUCACGGCUUUCGGUAUGCAUCAUGACACCGCCAAGGAUCAGUUCGUCGUGCAGGUCAUACCCGAGAAACUGGAGGAGCUCAAGCAUAAGGACGGCAGGACGCAUUGCGACGAUGGAGAGGAGCAGACGGUCCUCACGAUUUUGCUGGAUGCGCCAAUAGAGAAAUUAUCGCCUUUCGUCAGGACGAACGCCAUUGAAAAUCUCGCGGGAUUUCUGGGAAUGCACACGAGCGCAUUCUCGAUGCAUUCUCAAGGCCUGAAGGCACUAGGUUCCUCCGUUAUUCUUAGCGGACCUGGGAACGUUAGACUUUCCAGAUUUAGAAAGAAUCAUUUGACUACUAUUCAAUGGCAGGUCGGCUGCGACGGUCACUUAUGGAAACAUCAAGCGGAAAUGGUGAAACAACUGCGGGAGCAAGCAAAAGACGGCACUCUAGCGGAAGUUCUUCAGUUGCCCGUGAUAUUGUGGCAUGUAAGGACGGAUUCGAGUUCCUCGUUGAGAAAUAGACGAGAAGCCGGUUCUGGCGACUAUGGCGACGCGGACGGUUACGAUGAUAAUUACGAUGAUAAUUACGAGGACAAUGAGGACGAUUACGACGGCGAGGAGGGCGAAGACGAUAACGAGGAUUCGCGAGUACCGCCGACUUAUAUGCCGGAUGUGAAAAUUCCGGAGCAUCCACACAGGCAUCACCAUGGCGAGGAGACGAUCGAUUGGAAGAACGAAGACGUCGAUGAAGAAGAGAUAAUACCGAGAAUGCGGCAAAUAGAUCUGGAAAAUAAAACAACCACGCCUACGACAACAACCACUGAACUUACUACAUCAUCACCAUCAACAACUACUUCCACCACCACGACGACAAGUACAACCACUACCCUAGUCGCGCCAACGACGCUAUCUACUACUGCCAGUAGCACCACAACGACUACAACAUCAGCCGAUACAACAACAACAGCUAGCAUCUCUACCGCUGUAGAUCCAUCGAUAGAAUCUCCGAAAUCAGAAACCACAAACGAGGAAUCUUCGACGGAGAAAACGAAACAUGUGGAACCCGUUGAAGCCAUUACCGUUUUACUGACCGUUCCUUCGGAUAUCAUCACAACUCCUCUUCCUAUAACUACUCUACUGCCUCUUAGCACAGCAUUCGUCCAGACUAGCGUGCCCGAUAAAGUUGAGACGGAGAUCGUCGUCGGUAUCAAUAACGUUACGACGGAAGAGCCGGAACAAACUACGACUUCGAUUAGAGAACCAUCGACUACUAUAUCGACGCCGAUUGUAAUCACGGACGUUAACACUACCACUCCUUCGUCCGUAGUCGUAAUGAACGUUAGCACUAUUAUUACUACCACUACUACGCCUGUGAACGUAACACAUGCCACAACCACGACUACUAACGCGAUAUCGUUGACAUCGGAUCUUCAAACGACAUUGAGCACGAUACCGUCUACUACUACCAGCACGAUAUCGCCUACCACUACCACUACGACUACAACCACUACUACGGCUCCUCCUACUACUACAACGACAGCUCGGAUUAUUACGGAGAGUAUCGAGUACGGCCAACUCAACUCCCCGCCAAGACGCGACAGAAGAUUAAAAAAGAUACCGGUAACCGCUGGUAAACCAUUGAGCUAUGUUAUACCAGCCAACACCUUCAUCGAUUUCGAAGAUGGUAACACGAGGAAUCUGAAAUUGAAUCUGUACUGGCACGGCGCACCACUCAAAACGACUCAUUGGCUCCAAUUUAAUCAUCAUUUGCAGGAGAUUUAUGGAUUGCCUCUCGAGAAAGAUAUAUCUACUUGGAAUUACGAGUUAAUUGCCACGGAUAGCGAAGGCGCCAAUGUUUCCGAUAGUCUCGACAUUCAUGUUCAGCAGCACAAGUUGAGUCGUAGCGUCAAUCACGAAUUCACAAUUUACUUGAGGAUCGAUAAACGAAGCGAAUUCCCAACAGAUGUUGACUGGGAACGCAAAGUAAUCCGAAGCUUGGCUGUACUUUACGGGAACGAUAUCCAGCAUAUUACAGUUCGUUCCAUUGAAAUCAAUACAUCCGAUCGUGAACAAGUCAUUUUUACAUGGACUAACGAUAACGUUCCCAGAAGCAGCGAAUGUCCAAAAGAUCAUAUAAACAGAUUAUGGCGCGUGCUCGUCGACAGUACCGGGGAUCCAUCGUCUUCUCUAAUAACAGUACUCGCUCCAGAAAUUACUGUUAAACGUGUCGUAUUCCAAGGUAUUGGACAAUGCGAGGAUAUGAAUCGUCUUGAAGAACCAAAAAUUUCUACCGAAGAGCCGAAAGUUAAUUUCCCGCCUGUACCGAGGAAUCAAGUCGACCAUGUUAAUGCGACAGUUGGACAAUUGCUUGUAUUUAAAGUGCCAGAAGACACUUUCUUCGAUGCUGAGGAUGGAUCGUCGCGAAAUAUGAAAAUGUCACUUUUGACUAUCGAUCGAAUACCUAUUCCACCUCACGAGUGGCUACAAUUUGAUAGCAAAAAUCAAGAGUUUUAUGGAGUUCCGAUGCGUCCUGAUAUCGGCCGUAAAGAAUAUCAGUUGGUUGUCACUGAUAAAGACGGUGCGAGCAGCACAGAUGGAUUGGUCGUUGUCGUUCAUCCGGCGCCGCCCAUGAUGCAUACGGUGGAAUUUUCAAUAACGUUGGAUAUUCCUUACGAAUCCUUUGCGCAUUCCGCGCUUCAGAAGCGUAACUUUAUCGAGAAACUGCGAGAUCUCUACAAAGAUAAAGACACGAGUGCCAUCUCGCUACACAGCAUCUCGAAUGGCAGUACCGUAAUCACAUGGCAUAACAGAACUCUGCCUACGUCAUCUUGCGCUGAUAAGGAAGUCAAAAGGUUACGAUCCGUGCUUGUGAAGAAUGACAACGAUCAACGUUCUGUAACGGAUAAGGUGUUGGAAAUAAUGGGCGUGAAAUUCCCUGUAAAACAAAUUACGGUGAUCCCGAAGGGUGUCUGUCUCGGUGAAUUGACAGACGUGCAUUCGCCAGAUAGCCGCGUACCACCAGUGGAUGAUUCCACAUCGGUCGGCGCGUUCCGUGACGAUUACCUCCUCACUUUUGUCCUGCCGGCGAUUAUUAUCGCCGCUAUGCUCAUCGUAGCAGGAAUCAUUGCGUGCGUCUUACACAGGCGAAGACGUAGCGGCAAAAUGAGCGUCAGCGAACAAGAUGACGAGCGACAGAGUUUUCGCAGCAAGGGAAUUCCCGUAAUUUUCCAGGAUGAAUUGGAAGAAAAGCCGGAUCCUGGCAAUAAAUCGCCUGUCAUCCUAAAAGAGGAAAAGCCACCCCUUCCACCACCGGAAUAUCAGAAAGCCGAAGACGGAGCUGAUGUACCGAUGCUCCCGAAGGAGAAUUCCGAGGAACCGUAUCAGCCGCCGCCGCCAUUUGCCACGAAUCGCGACACCAAUCGGCAAAAUCGUCCUAAGCCCACUCCGACGUACAGAAAACCGCCCCCUUAUGUGCCUCCCUAACAAAAUACGGUACACUCGCCUACACGUAAAUAUAUGCUAGCAAUGCUCGGAGACUCACCAAUACACAAGCAAAACCAAAUCAAUUAUAAAAAGCAAUCUCGAAUUGGCGACGAUGACAAUGAUGAUCGUGGGAUAUUGAAUGUUUAUAGCGACGUUUAAAAAAAGCCCUUCCAUUCAUCCGGUAUGACAAUAUAUUGCUGAACGAGACGUGAAUGAAGAGAAGAAUCUUCCACUGAGAAUCUCCCCACUGAGAACUCACAUGCGUUUUUACUUAUUUUGUAUAUGUACUAAUACAUACAACGGCACGUCUCAUCACCGAUCGAUAAUACGUUCGAAAAAGAUCUCUCUUUCUCUCUCUCUCUUUCUCUCACAUACACACGUACACACAUUCAAUUGUCUAUAUUUCACGCGAAAGAAAAAGAAAAGUUUUUCUAGGAAGUAUGGGAAUACAAAUCACGUGUUGCCUUUCGUAAAGAAAUCAAUUGUAGGGAAGGAUCCAAUGCUCCGAACUCGAUACGUGAAUUUAGUUUAGAGAUCGUUGUAGAACCGAGACAACGGUAGAAUAAAUGUACUUUAUUCAAUUUUAUAGCAUUGGAGACAGCAACGAUACUCGUAAAUAUUUCAAUAAUCAGUGCCAUUUAUUAAGCAAUAAGGAUAUCCGACUGUGAAUAACAGCACGUGUAAUUACUACGGUUCUACGGAUUUAUUGCAAUGUUUACACAGAGUCUCCAGGUAUCAAAAAACGGAUUUAACGAAAUACAUUGUAUUACGCACCUACAACGUAUAACACUGCCAGAACGAUAAAUGCAUGAUAUAUCGCCAAGUGAAUCGGUUUUUCAUGAUGCACAUAUAUAAUGUAGUAUAAUAUUAUAUAAUAUUAUUUUAUUCCCAUUUUUUCUUAUUUCUAAAUAUUUUAUUUAGAUUAAUUUGUGGUAAAAAAUAAAUUAAAUAUUAGUUUUGUGAAUGGAUAAACUGGCUCAUUUGGCGAUAGCUUUUUACUUAAGGAGAAAAUAUAUAUUGGAGAGAAUUGAAAUGUUUUUGAGACAUAAAUUUAAAGAAGCGAUUAUGAUAUACAUGCAAUAUGCCAUUGCAAAAUGACAGCAAAUGCUUCCAUGGGCACAGUAGGCCAUGCAGAUAACUUAUCUAAGGUAUAAGAAAAAACACAUUGAUUAUAAUAAUAUAUACAAAUAUAAAUAUAUAUAAAUACGUAUAUAUACAUAUUAUAUCUAUAUUUGUUCGAUAGAGAUGUGAAAGUCUGCGGUCAUUUAAAUACUGCCAGACCAAUCAAGUUAUUUGCAUUUUACUUUUCGCUGUGGAAGAAAGAUCUAUUUCUGUUUGUUUCGCGCACAAUUUUUAACGCGCUUUAUAACUUUUAUGACUUAACAACCGCAAUAAAUAUGCAUAUUUUUAUUAUUUCUUUGAAACCUCUUAACACGUACGAGUUAGUAUCGAAAGAUCAACUCGGAACGGAAAUACUGACGAAGCACUGACGUAUAUAAGGAUGAGACUAUUUAUAAUUUAGAUUUUACAUAGUUACCAAGCCAAAAAAUACUUAAUGUUUAAAAAGAGAGGGGAAUAUAAAGUAAAAGUAAGGACGUAUUUGUAAUUGCGAAAGAGAGCGUGACUCGCACUCUUUAAGACGCAUUUUUUAAUAAUGUUUUUUGUAAUUUUUUAAUCGCUGCGCGACUAGACAUACACAACUCAUCCGCUAUCAUCGUUUGUAUGUCCGGUGCGACGAAAGAGUGCGAGGUAUGGUACGAGUACGUAUGCAGCCGUUUCUUCAAUACCUCGAUAGUUUCCUGAUAUUUUUGAAAGGAAAUACGAGAAACGAAAAAAAAAAAAAAAGAAAAAGAGUUUCGUAUUGCGUUUCAAAUUUGUAAAAUCCGUUUGUCGAUUUGUCAAUACGGACGAUAAAUGGAUCGACGAAUUUGCGAGCGCGUCUAUAUACUGGUAUGAAUGCUAACGAUUAAUACGUAUGUAAGAUGCUAAGAAAACGUUUCAUAUACAAAGGCUACAUAAAAAUUAUGGUAUAAUAUAUUAACUAUUAAUUCAUGUCCUUGUAACGUAGAAAAUUUCAUAUACACUACUGAACACAAGGGAAGCUCAUGAAAUAUGACUCAUAGAUUUUUUUCUUUCUUUCGCGAGCAUAUAUGUAUGUAUCAAAACUUCUGUCAAAUGGUUUCUCUAUGAUCUUGACAAGAGAAACGACUUGUAUAGUUAUAUAUUAAUUGCAUGAUUUAAUUGCUCGCGGAAGAUAGAAUCGAUGAGUUGUCUGUCAUGAACUAGAAUACUUUUCAUCGCUCGCGUAUCUUGUUUAUCGCAGAAUCUUUUAGAAAAAGAAAAGAAAUUGCAAUCGUCGCCCGUACGUGAUUGCUCUUAUGACGUUUUAUAUCGUGAAUUAAUAUACAUGUAUAAGUAUGUUUUAUUAUUUUUUAUAAGUACGAAUAUAAAUAUAUCUCAUAUGUUCUCAAUUUCCCUAUUCGAAUAUAACAAUUUAUGUUAUCGUAAGAUGGGAUUAUAUCUAUCUGUAAUUGUGAUAUUUCUUUGUGUGCGAUUUUCAUUGAAAAAAUAAAUAAUUUAUAUUGUAUUGAUAUCUCAAAUUCCAGCAGAUAAUUCUAUGUUAUCAAUUUUUUUAUGGAAUCAAAAUUUUAUUAUCUUAACGCACUGAACUGUAUUUAUUAUUUCAGGCAAAAUCACAUCACAAAGUAAUAACGUAGUGGCUAAUAAAGGAGGAGUAACGCUAUUUAGUAGUAUAAUACUUGAAAAUUUACAUAAUACUUGUAAAUCGACGAAUUAUUGAACACACCAGAAGUGCGAUGCAUUAUAAACGGUCAGGUACAGAACUUUAAUAUUCCGUUUGUAAUCUGCGGUAAACAAGCAUAACUCAUAUCAUGCUUCUAAUCAUAUCAUUGUUCUACACGUAUCCCUUAAGCGCUACAAUUGUGUUACUUGUGAAAAUGAUGAUAAUGUAUGAUAAGAUGUACGAUAUUUAUACGAUAGAAGGGUCAAAACACCUGAAAGGGGAUACUACGAAAGAAAGAAAGAAAGAAAAUAAAUUUGUCAAAAAGGGCAUAUUCGUUAGCGGUGAAUUUUCUGGCCUGUGUGUGAAAAAUGUUCGAAAGUAUUUUAUAACUGUGUGUAAGAAAAAAAAAGAGAGAAAUGAAGAGAACAAAUGACGAAGUUAAUGUGCCCAUGACUUUCGUAUACGGCCGCUUUCUGAGAAAUCGGGCUAACAGCAGAGACAAAGUAAAAGUUCCAUUAGAGAAAAAUAAGGAAGGGGGAAGAAAAGGAGAGAGCUAUCUCGCAUCGCCCAUACGAACAUGUGUUAUAUACAUAGCUCUACAUAUAUAUAUAUAUAUACACACACCUAAGAGUAAACAUAUUGACUGGGAUUUUCAGAUUAUUUUUAUUCGCUAUAAGAGCGCUUCGAUAUAUCAAUUGAAACGUUUUGCGUUGAUGUAUUUGCGAAACGCAGGAGCGGCUUUCGUACUUGCUUCUCCGCUGAAUAACGAAAAGCCAUCGACACGUAUCUCUUAAGUUUAUGCUAAAUAAAACAUAUCUCGAGAGAGAAAAAAAAAAGAGGAGAAACUCCGCGAAAAGUGAAGAACGACAUUGCUUCGAAAUAAAGCGCGCGCGCGAUAAAGUUGAGAUCACAAAACGAUAUCGCUCUCGUCCGUACUCAAUGAAAAAAAAAUAUAUCGAAUUAAUAAUAAUAUACAUAUACAGAUAUAUAUCUCUCUCUGAGACAAGUACUACAUACUAAACAUGUGUAAAGUUAAGAGUUAAUAAAACCAUUUUAGGAUA